CCCAGCAGUGAGUGUGCUACCUGUGAUGCAGAGUGCUUUGGACUCUGAAGUAGAAAAAGUGUGUGCAGAAGCUUACAAUCCUGAUGAGGAAGAGGACGACGCAGAAUCUAGGAUUAUUCACCCCAAAACAGAUGAUCAAAGAAACAGACUGCAGGAGGCGUGCAAGGACAUUCUUCUUUUUAAGAACCUAGACCCGGAACAGAUGUCUCAGGUGUUGGAUGCGAUGUUUGAAAAGCUGGUUGAAGGAGGGGAACAUGUUAUUGAUCAAGGAGAUGAUGGUGACAACUUCUACGUCAUUGAUAGAGGUACAUAUGAUAUUUAUGUAAAAUGCGAUGGUGUUGGGAGGUGUGUUGGAACCUAUGAUAACCGAGGAUGUUUUGGUGAGUUGGCCUUAAUGUACAAUACACCCAGAGCAGCUACAAUUAUAGCUACCUCUCCUGGUGCCAUCUGGGGUUUGGACAGGGUAACAUUCCGAAGAAUCAUUGUAAAAAAUAAUGCCAAAAAGAGAAGAAUGUAUGAAAGUUUUAUUGAGUCAUUGCCAUUCCUUAAAUCUUUAGAAAUGUCUGAGCGUUUAAAAGUGGUUGAUGUGAUUGGUACCAAAGUGUACAAAGAUGGAGAACAAAUCAUUGCUCAGGGUGACUUGGCUGAUUCUUUCUUCAUUGUAGAAUCUGGUGAAGUAAGGAUUAUAAUGACAAGGAAGGGUAAACAAGAUCUAGAAGAGAAUGGAGCAGUUGAAAUAGCUCGAUGCUCAAGAGGACAGUAUUUUGGAGAACUUGCUCUUGUAACUAACAAACCACGAGCUGCGUCUGCAUUUGCUCUUGGCACUGUCAAAUGUUUAGUUAUGGACGUGCAGGCAUUUGAAAGGCUUUUGGGACCUUGUAUGGAAAUUCUGAAAAGAAACAUUGCAAACUAUGAAGAGCAGCUAGUUGCUCUGUUUGGAACAAACAUGGACAUUGCCGAUACCAGUGCAUGAACUAAACAGUGGAGCAACAAGAUCUGUUAUGAGAAUAUAGCACAGUAGUGGUUAGUCCACUGAGAAAUUGUCUCUCUUCCUAUAGAUGCCAAGCAUUUUCUGUGAUUUUAAGAGUGGGUUUGGGGUUUUUUGGUUUGGUUUGAUUUUGGUUGGGGUUUUUUUUGUUUGUUUGUUUUUGUUUUGUUCUGGUUUUUUUACUUAUUACAGUGGGAAUACUAGUAAACAAAAUAGCAAUUCAUUAAAUUGUGGACUUGAUUUUUAAAAGUGCUUAGAGUUGAUGGUUCCACCUGCUAUUAGGACGACAUGUAUUAGCACAGCACCUUUGGAAAUCAAAUCCUUUAACACAGCAUUUCCAUAAAGAAUAGAUUUAAAAAAAGACCCCUCACAUGCGAUGAACUUGUUAAACCAGCUUCUGUUCUUCAAAAAACGUUACAACUUUUCUGGAAAGACUGUUAGUUUGAAUGUGAUAUGUUGAAAGUAUUAGUGCACACAAAGUGUUUAUAUGUAUUAAUACAGAAGAUAUACAGUAGAUAUUACUUUCUAUUACAAUUGUCAUGAUUUUAUGUUGCAUUUAUCACAGAUGUAGUUAAUCACAAGAUUAAUCGUAAGAUAAAGCAUGACAACGCGUUUUGUGUAACGCUCAUGACCCAAAUCUGAUUUUUAACAUUUUGUAAUUCGUUUUAAAGUCCUCUUUGUUUAAUAUGUCAUGUUUCAGCACGACAUUGUAAUAUCUUAUGCAAUUUAGAGGACUUGUGUAUCUUUGCAAUAAACUGCAUUUUUUAUUAGUUAUACGCAUUCUGUACAUGAGUGAGGACAGCUGACAAAUUAACCUUAGUGCUUUCAAAGCAAAGGCAUGGGUCAUUGUCAUGUUCUACCUAAUCAUACAUAACCUAUAUUGUUUUCCUUCUCCCUUGUUUUAUAUUUAUGCAUUUUGUCUUCUUUAUCUAUGCUUGUUCUCUAGUUAAUUGUUUUUUAGAUCUCACCUUUUUUAUGUUAAAUCUUUUACCUGUUUCAAAUGAAAUGAUCGCUGUAUAUCUCUCUUCUUGCAGUCUAAUCUUAGCUAUCAAAGAUCAGAGUCAAUUACUAAAGUGAUUGAUAUUGAAAGCCAUGCUAAACUAAGCUUGUCCUUGAAAAUCCUUAUCAGGAAGUGUAAAAGUAUUUUUAACUUAAAAGAUCAGUACUUCCAAAGCUUUGCACACAUCUGUUAUUGUUAAACCUAACAUGUCUUGCUUUCAAAAACCUAGUAGGUCAUCAUGAAGUAAUGUCUUCAGCCAUAAUAGCAUGGGAUACCUUCUAAGACUGAGGAGAGGGAAUAUCAUCUGAAUUAGGAGCACAGGGCUCAUUGCUUACAAGGGUCUGUGACUGGAAAUUUCAGGCACGGCCCAAUUUUAAUACUGCUUACUGACCUGUCUGUUGAUGUACAUGGAAAACUCGUGCACAUACUGGCAAUGGGCAGUAGUUCUGCCAAAAUAACACUGCAAGAGUUGGUGGAAGGCUGCUUAUGCCCUGUUUCAAACACCUGAAUUAUAACAUCUUUCCUUCUUAGAUAAUGACUUUUCUAAUGCCAUACAUUUGUGUAUGUUGAUGCAAUCACUACCCUACAGUUAGUGAUAUGUUCUGACAAUUUAUAUAAUCAUACCUGUAUAUGAAAUUAUGAUUAUAUAAUAAUAUAUCAUUUAUAUCAUGCAGUAUGGUAUAAAUUAUGAGUCAGAUUCGUAAAAAAAGUACAAUCUGAGCAAAAUUUACCAAUGUAAUUUUUUUUUUACCUAGAAACCUGGUGUGAAUAAUUGCACAUAUGAUAACUUGCCUUUGUACUUUUGAUUUAUGGAAUAAAAGAGAAGCCUGUUAAACUAGAAGGAAAUGUCAGGUAACCAAAAUCUACACUCUUGUCAUUCUGUAUGCUUAAUCUCUAAAAGCUACCUAUAUUUUGCACUGGCUUGAUGUGACUAAGAAAAAUGCUAGAAAUUACUUGUACGGCAGUAAACUACAAUCAAGGCCAUAAAUGCCAGUCAUGAUAUUUUCAAUAUUGUUGGUUAUAUUUAAAGUUUCCUUACAAUAAACAACACUUUUAUAUAUAAAAAU